UGUGGUUUGAUUCAUGGCCGUCUGUGCAGCAGCUGAAGAAGCCCCAGUGUCUGCUGCUGCUCAUCCGCAGCACAUGCUCAGUUAUGUACACCCAGACAACUUUGAAGGCUUAGCUGUGGCUGCUGAGGUCAUUGCACUGGAAAAAAAAAUAGAGCGAGUCCCUCCACUACACCGCCUCCAUUUUGAAUAGCCAUGUAAUAGGGGAUUCGCAUAGUUUGUGUGUGUAUCGCCCACUGCGCUGCGUAGUGUCAACAAGCCACAUCCAAACACCCUCGACAUGGACGACCUGUUCAGUCCGCGGAGGAGCCUGAACAGCACACAGGGCGAGAUAAGAGUGGGGCCAAGUCAUCAGGCCAAGCUACCAGAGUUGCAGCAACGGCCUGCACCUGGUUUACAGACUCAGACGGAGAGCGAGGAGCUCAUGUGGACGCCUGGGGUCAAUGACUGUGACCUUCUCAUGUACCUCAGAGCUGCCAGGAGCAUGGCAGCGUUUGCAGGGAUGUGUGAUGGUGGAUCUACAGAGGAUGGAUGUUUAGCAGCCUCGCGCGAUGACACCACACUCAACGCUCUUAAUAUGCUCCAUGCAAGUCAUUAUGAUGCAGCGAAAGCUCUCCAGCGUCUGGUUAAGAAGCCUCUUCCGAAACUUAUUGAAAAAUGCUGGUCGGAAGAUGAUGUGAAACGCUUCAUCAAAGGCUUGAGACAGUAUGGAAAGAAUUUCUUUCGCAUUCGGAAAGACUUUCUGCCCAGCAAAAAGACUGGAGAGCUGAUCACCUUCUACUACCACUGGAAGAAAACUCCAGAGGCUGCAGGGACAAGAGCUUAUCGACAACAACGCCGCCAGCCAUCCUCUCGCAAAGCAAAAACUCGAUCUGUGGCAGCCCCUGUGAACACCCCAUCCAGAAACUAUUCAGUGGAUGCAAGUUCUGCCAGUGAGGAUGAUCUUGAUAGUGAAGACAGUGAACAGGAUUCCAAGAGCUGCAGCCACUGUGGUACAACUAGUUCUAAGGAUUGGCACCAGGGUGGAAGAGACAACCCUUUGUUGUGCACGACUUGUCGCACGUAUGAAAACAAACACGGCUGUCUACCGCCAGCUCCAAAGUCUGGAAACGCUCCGUUCAUGUUUAAACCUGUUAAAGCGGAAGAGGAGGUGAACAGCAAGCAUGGCAUGAGGACACGGCGCAGCAGAGCCCCUCAGUUGUCAUCUUUAAGAAGUGGCCACAGGAGGCUCACAGGCUCCCCGACGAGUGAGGAUCAGCAGUCCAGUAACCAGCCCUCCCCGACUGGAGGGAUCUCUAAUUCUUUGCGGUCAUCUUCCACAGAUAAUAAGAAUGACUCCACUAAGAAAACAAACAAGAAGAUAAAGGAGGAGGUAACGUCACCAAAGACCACAAAACGUGUACGGGAGAGUCCUGCUCAGGAGCCUGACGAGCCUGAAAAAGUUACACCAAAAAGGCCAAAGACACAGGACCCACAGGGCUCCCGGUCAGACGGAGAGGCCGAGGUAGAGGAGGAAAGUUCGUCAGAAAGCCGGAGUGCUCAGGAUGAUGGCAGCAGUGACACCAAAGACAUUGAUCAAGACAACCGCAGUUCCUCUCCCAGCAUUCCCAGCCCUCAACAGGGCAACGAGAGCGACUCCGACUCAUCCGCCCAACCAAACGGUGUCCCAUCGGAGCCCGUGGUCCCUGCUGCCGUGCUGGCCGAUACUCCAGUCCCGCAGGCCCUCCCCUCUCAGGGCCCGACCAUCACUCCUCAGCCCCCGCAGAGCAUGAACUCUGCUGAUCCAGCCCAGAGCCCCCCUCCUCCCUCUCCAGACCCUCCUCAGCCAGCCGUCGGUCAGUCAGGUGCCGCAGUGGCCUCCAACAACCGAGCACAGCCCGCCUCUCACUUUCUUCCUGGUCCAUCUCCUCUUCCACUGGGUCAGGACCGCCCGCUUUCUCCAGCUUUUCAGGUCCCGCCUGCUCUGAACUCUGCACAGGCUCUGCAGCCAUCUCAGACCCCUCAGCGACCUCCACCCUUCUUUAGGGAGGCACAGCUCACCCAGCCUCCUCUUUCUGGCUCCCAAAUCAAGCCUCCUCCCACCACCCCUAUUCCACCUUCACACAAGCAGCUACCACACCAGUCUGCCACACCUUUCCCCCAGAUGCCCUCUAAUCUCCCCCCUCCUCCUGCUCUAAAGCCCCUCAAUUCUCUGCCCAACCAGCAUCCUCCAGGUGCCCCCCCUCCUCCUCUUCAGCUGAUGCCGCACCCUUUGCCAGUGCAGGCACUUCCAACCCAACUUCCAGUGAUCUCUCAGGUCCAGACCCCCCCUGGAAAGAGCGCAACUUCCUCUCACCCUCCUGCUGCAGCCUCCCACCCUCUCACCUCCGUAGCAUCGUCUUCUGCGAUUGGCCCGGUCCCGAGUCUGCAACCAUCCUUCCCUCCUCUUCCUCUGAGACCAUCGUCUAGCGGCGCAGCAGGAGGAUCACAAGUUCAGAUUAAAGAAGAGCCACUGGAUGAGAUAGAAGAGGCUGAGAGUCCGCCGUCUCCUCCUCGGAGCCCCUCACCGGAGCCCACCAUCAUCAACGUGGCAAGCCAUGCCAGCCAGUCUGCACGAUUCAUCAAGCACUUGGAUCGUGGCUACAACUCCUGUGCUAGAACAGACCUUUUCUUUACUCCACUGUCAUCCUCCAAACUGGCCAAGAAGAGAGAGGAGGCUGUGGAAAAGUCCAGGAGAGAGGCUGAGCUCAGCGCUCGGCAAGAGCGUGAAAGGGAGAAAGACAGAGAGAGAGAGCGAGAAAGAGAGGCAGACAGAAAUGCUAGAGCCUCCAGCUCCUCCCAUGACAGUCGUAUGAGUGAGACGCAAAUGGCAGCUCAAGGCCACGGGCGUCCCUCCUUUGAGCAGCCACCCACCACUGUAGCAGCUGUGCCCCCUUACAUCGGCCCUGACACACCUGCCCUGCGCACUCUGAGUGAAUACGCACGACCCCACGUCAUGUCCCCCACCAACCGCCACCAUCCUUUCUAUGUGUCUCUGAGCCCUGGUGAGCCUUUGCUGGCCUACCACAUGCCAGGCCUGUACAGCGCCGAGCCGAGCCUCAGAGAGCGUGAGCUGAGAAACCUCAGAGAGAGGGAACUCCGUGAGAGGAUGAAGCCCGGCUUUGAGGUCAAACCUCCAGACCUGGAAACCUUACACCCCUCAGCCAACCCCAUUGAGCACUUUGCCAGACAUGGAGCGCUGGGUCUCCCACACAUACCCGGCCCUCCUCACCCCUUCGCACCGUUCCAUCCUGGGCUGAACCAUCUGGAGCGGGAGAGGAUGGCACUGGCAGGACCUCAGCUGCGCCCGGAGCUGAGUUACGCUGAGCGGCUCACUGCAGAGCGGCUUCAUGCGGAGAGGAUGGCCUCUGUGGCAACUGAUCCUGCUACCAGGCUGCAGAUGCUCAAUGUGACACCGCAUCAUCAUCAGCACUCUCACAUUCACUCCCACCUCCACCUGCACCAACAGGACCCCCUCGGUCAAGGUUCAAGUCCUCAUCCUCUAGUUGACCCCCUGGCAACAGGACCACGUUUGGCCCGAUUCCCCUUCCCUGGUGGUCCGAUUCCCAAUCCUUUACUCAGCGAACUUCCCCAUGAUCACGAGAUGCUGCGUCAUCCACUGUUUGGAGCUGCUUAUCCACGAGAGCUGCAGGGCCCGAUUCCUCAGAUGUCUGCCGCUCAUCAGCUCCAGGCCAUGCAUGCUCAAUCUGCAGAGCUGCAGAGGAUGGCAAUGGAGCAGCAGUGGCUGCACGGACAUCACCUACAUGGAGGCCCUCUACCGAGUCAGGAAGAUUACUACAGCCGUCUGAAGAAAGAAGGUGACAAGCCAUCUUGAGUCGCAGGUGGUGCAUGCCCUGAAACCCUACUUAUACUCAAUACUGUGUACUUUGAAACUGUAAGAGAAUAUUUUGUGUCCUUUUUUUGUUUGUUUUAAUAUAUUUUAGAAGAAUAUUUGUGGAUCUUUAUGUGCAUUCCUUGUUCAGCAGCACUUAUUAGGACUGUCAAAGUCUGUCUGAGGUUUUCAUAUCACUUAAGAAUUUAUACUAGUUUUAUUGUCAAAAUAAUUAACAGUCUCACUCGCUGAUGUGGGAUUUACAGUGACAGGUUUUCUCUAACCAGCUGUUUCAUAUGCAGUCAUAAAAAGUUGCGAAAAUUAAGCUCUUAUAAAGGAUAUGAAAACAGACUGACUUAGGUGUUGACUUUAAAUAUCCCUAUAAUGAUUUCUUAAAGAUUUCCUUGUACAGAAUGACAUUUAAACCAGUGUGUGGAUGAUUGUAAUGACCUAGCAUGACUCAGUCUUCAGUUUUCACCAAACUAGAGUAGCAAGUUGCAUUGUGGUGUUUAGACUUCGAAAGCUUAGUAGAGGUUGAAUUUACUCUUAAAUCUACUAAAUAUUUGUUUAAAUCCUAAAGUUUUAUAAAUCAAGAUAUCUUUUCACAUUAUAACCGAAGCUUUUAUUCACUCAUUUUUGAGACUGUAAAUAUUCCAUGCUCACGAUAUUCUAUAUGAAUGAGUACUAUUGAUAUAUCAGUAGAUGUGAACACUUGACCCUUGAUUCAGCACGACAGCAGUAAACCAUAAGCUAAAAGCAGUAUAUAGUAUUAUAAGGUGUGCUAAUUAUUAAUUGGACCUUGAUUUGUCUAUAAACAAAUCCAGAAAAGUGUAUUUACAUGGUUUUGAUGAAAGUAACCCGAUUUGACAGAACCUACAUCCUGAGCAUUUUAAUGGAGUUUAAAAAAAAACUGCCUAAAUUCAGUAUUUAUGUGACAUAAUAUGAAAGUGUAUCCAUGGCAUAUUUAUUUCAAUAAAUAUUUCUGCAAUGAUA